AUGACCUCGAUUAACGUUGCCAUUAUUGGAGCCGGUGUGGUAGGAAAAGCGUUUGUUAACCAAAUCGCUUCAAUCAAGUCGAAGAUUACGUUCAAUGUCAUCCAUCUUGCGACUUCUAAAAAGGCUUUAGUCUCCCAGGAUUACAAGCCUUUGGAUCUGUCCAGUGGGUGGGAAUCCAAUUUGGCAGCUGCGACUCAAACACCGUUUUCCCUCGAACAACUCUUGGAGUAUUUGAAGAAAUCACCAGAACCUGUCAUUCUGGUUGACAACACAUCUAACGAGACCAUUGCCAAAUUUUAUCCUCAAUUUGUUGCUAACGGUAUUUGCAUUGCCACUCCAAACAAAAAGGCCUUCUCCUCAGACUUGAACCUGUGGAAUAACAUUUUUAACGACAAAAUUGGCGCUGGUCUUGUCUAUCACGAGGCUACGGUCGGUGCUGGCCUUCCUAUCAUCAGCACGCUGCAUGAUUUGAUCAAUACCGGUGACAAAGUUGAAUUGAUAGAAGGUAUUCUUUCCGGAUCUUUGUCCUUUAUUCUCAAUACUUUCUCGACGGUCAAUCCAAAUAACACCAAAUUUUCCGAGAUUGUCAGUAAAGCCAAGACUUUGGGCUAUCUUGAGCCUGAUCCAAGAGACGACUUGAACGGAAUGGAUUUUGCUAGAAAAGUUACUAUUUUGGCUAGAAUUGCAGGUUUCAAAGUUGAGUCUCCUUCCGCUUUCCCAAUCACUUCUUUGAUUCCAAAGCCAUUAGAGUCUGUCCCAACUGGUGAAGAGUUUAUGAGCAAAUUGCCUGAUUAUGACAGUUCCUUUGAACAGCUAAAAAAGGAAGCUGCUGAUGAAGGCAAAGUGUUAAGAUACGUUGGUAAAGUCGAUUUCCCAAACAAGUCUGUGACCGUAGGAUUCCAGAAAUAUGAUGCCUCUCACCCAUUUGCGUCUUUGCAAGGUUCUGACAACGUCUUGGCCAUCAAGACCGAACGUUAUCAAAAUCCUUUGAUUGUGCAGGGUGCAGGUGCCGGUGCCGAAGUCACAGCUGCCGGAGUUUUGGCCGACGUUAUCAAGAUUGCUGAGCGUCUCUAG